AGGUCUAUUAUGUUUUGAAAGAGGCUGCUAAGACUUUGCCAAGUUUUGUUUGCUACAUUCUUCUCAUCCUAAUGGUCUUUGCCAUGGUGGGGUAUAUUUUGUUCAGCAGAACCAGUGAAUAUUUUAAAAACUUUAUAGCUUGCAUUGAGACGCUUUUUACUGGACUCCUGGGUCACUCAGGAUUUAAGGUCAGUGGAAAUUUUGUGUGCAGAUUUAACAAAAUUUAUACUCUAUCCAAAUAUGGUAAAAAACACAGGCGUGCGGGCUGAAUCCAACCUUCCACAAGUUUCAACUCUCCAGUGUAAUGUAACUCAACUUUUAUAAAUAAAUUUUUUUUUUAAUUAAUCAUUUAAAUUCUUUGAUUUUAAUUGCUGACCAUCAGAUUUCAUUGUUUUGUUAUUUUCGUUAGUGCACAAUGGUUGUAUAAAAUGCUAAGGAGAUUUAUAAUGGACUAGCUAAAGCCCGCCAAGCAAUGCGUGAACUUCCCACGCACUAAAGUUACUUGACAAAACAUGCAAAUUCAAGUAAGGCAUUUUAUAAAAUUCCCAAUUAGUGCCACACCUUCUUAUAGUACACCUUGCCCCUGAUCUAUAUUAAUAUUCUAAUGUCCCACCUCCAUUUACACAGCAGAUUUAUUUCACCAUUUCCUUAAAGCAAAAAAGAAAAUAUUACGCACCAAAUGCACUUGCAAUAUUCUAAGAAUCUCAUUUAGCGCAGUUAUAGGAAAUUUUUUAUAGUGAAGUCAGCGCCAUCUGGUAGCGUUAGUGACAUUGUUACAUAGAGAGUUAUGUCUUUUGAUUUAUUAUAUAAGAUUCACUUGUUUAAUUAUUUUUCCUUUUUAACAUAAAAAAAAUAUUCAUCUCCUCACAGGAAACCAAUCUACCAAUAUCUGAGAAGUGGAUCACCAUACUUUUUUUCUGUCUUUUUGUCAUUUUUGUUGUGGUACUCCUCACCAACUUCUUCCUGGCCAUUUUACUGGAUUUGUUGACAGCAAGUGCCCAGGUUAAAUGUGCUGCCACAAGACCUGAAACCAGUCUGGUCUUCAUAGUUCUCUGGGAUUCUAUUCUCAAGGCACUUGGUAGUAAGAGAGAUCCACGGGACAGAUUAAGAGAUAAUACUGGUAAAUCAGUGGUAUAAAUCUAUACCAGUAUAAAUGUACGAAGCCAUAAAUGUAUACCGGUAUAAAUCUAUACCGGUAUAAAUUCGAAUCUGUGGGUGUCUUAUUUAGUUUCAAAUCAAUUACCCAUUAGUGUUCAGAGUAAAACUUAUUGCAAGUUGAGUUUCAAAAUAAAAUUAUUUAUUAACACUAAUGAUGAGUGUUUAAAAACUUAAAAUUUUCACUUUCAUUUAAAAAGUAAUCAAAUUUUACUAUCUAUUCCCUGAAGUCAGAUAAAGUGGUAUCAAGUGAUGUUACGUAGUAUAUCAUUAAAAAAAAAAGAAAAGAUCACUGACAUGACACAAUGAAUAAAUUUAUCUGGUUAUGAUUUAACAUAAUAGUGCAAUUUUAAACUUGGAACAUGCGUACAUACAGAUUUGUUGUCAUUUUUACCAUAUUAUUAAUACAAUUGUUGACAUAAAAAAAAAAAUCCAAAAUCUAUUGCUACCACAAUUUUAAAAUAUAUAUAUAUGUGUGUAUUCUAAAAAUUUUAAUCUCUAGAACAAGAAGUUGCCAUAACUACAGAACCAG